UCAUUUACACCAAUCGUCCCACAACAUUCCGUUCUCGCCUUGCCUCUUCGAUGCAGCUCGGUGGCUCCCCCGAUGAGGUUGCCUUCUUGCCCGACGUUGGCAUAAAUCCAAAGGGCGAAGACCUUGAUCAUAAACGAUAUGACCGCUUAUUAACAAAGGAAGAAUUGCUAAGGCUUGAUCGUGAAGAGCCCUUCUGGCGUCGUCUUCGUCUGAUUUUAUUUAUAGCGUUUUGGAUCAUAUGGGUUGGGUUACUGGUCGCAUCUAUUCUCAUUAUUGUUUUUUCACCCAAGUGCCCAUUACGCCCCAAGCAAGAGUUUUGGAAUCACAAGGUGGGCUAUUGGGUUGAUCCGUUUGCGUUUCGUGAUUCGGAUGGAGAUUUCAUCGGUGAUUUAAAAGGCCUCUCCAGUUCUUUGUCCUAUAUACACGAUUCUAUUGGAGCUGGUUAUCUGAUCCUGACUUCAAUGCUGAAGGGGCAUUAUACUAAUGGACAUAUCAUUGGAUUACCAACCAGCCUCACUGAAAUCGAUCCUGUUUUAGGCGGUCCUGCUGAAGUGAAAGAUGUCAUAAAAGCUUUUAAAAAACAAGGAAUCGAGGUUGUGAUCACCCUCGGCCUUAAUGGUGUCUCAACCAGAUCGGAACUAUUUUCGCAAAGAAACCUGUUUCGGCCCACUAAAGAAUUUUCUGGUAGUCAAAUAAAUCGGAAUGGACAAAAAAUGGAUUUAUUUUAUGGUCUAUUCAAAGACAUGGCAGAUUUUGAUCAUCGCAACCCUGAAGUUGUUUCUCUCCUCAAAGAUGCUGUUAAAUUAUGGCUCGAUAUGGGCUUUGAUGGAAUUGUCCUCACUGACGCUGCAUUUUUUGCAGCCGAAAAUAUAUCUCAUGAAACAGAAUACAACCUAAAUGUUUGCUUUAUUUUUGUCAUCAUUCUAGGCAUCUAA